GUGGCUUCCGAAUGGCGGACGAACAUUCUGUUUUUGAAGCUCGUGAAGUAUAAAAUCUGUCGUGGUGCUUUCUCAUUCUCGCUGAUUCGCUCUCGUACUGGAAGAAGUUUCUAGAGGCAGGCACUUACUUUCUUUUAUCUGUGGAAAUCUGUUCUUGGCACUUACCUUCCAAGCGUGGCUUCGUUAUUCUGUGCAAGCUUUAGCUCUAAGACUGUAAAAUCGACGAAGGAAAAGAGCCGCGAAUUAGCCAGGGAACUGCAUCUGCGGCAACGACACUGCAGUCGACGGACGCCCGCGUGCGAUUGCGGCAGUGCAUUCGUAGCUAGCCCUGCAGUCUUCAUCCCAGUUUGGACGGUCACACACUGUAUUCAUUGAAUUUGGCCCGCCUGCUGGAGGAUCGAGGAGAACAACUCGCAGAAUGAGUAGCAGUGAUCACCAGAGACAGCCGGCUCCCGCGGCGCCCGCACCUCCACCUGAAACGCGGAGGUCGGCCCCGGCCAAGGCUAAAGCGAAACCUCCACCGCCGCGCGCUUCCCGCCCGUCAGCGAAUGCGGCCCUGGAGGCCCACCGGCGGAAGCUCGAAAUGGGGCGGCAGAAACGCAGCGAGUCAACCUUUCUCGCGGAAAAAAAUAAGAGCCUCGCUGAAAAAAAGAAAAGCCUCGCUGAAAAAAAUCCGAUUCUCAAGCCGGAUUUCGAUAAGCCCUAUUCGAGGACGUCGAUGGAGGCCGAGGCUGCUGCACUGGCAGCGGCUCAGAUUGCGCGGAUGAAGGCCGCACAGAAUCCCCCGAGGGGCGCACCCCGCCGCCCCACAGAUGCGGAAAUACAAGCGGCGUGCGACCGGCGGAAGACGGAAGAAGCUGCGAAGGCUGCGAGGAGAGAGUCGCAUGCUGCGAGGAAACAGUCCUCAGCGGCGGGAAAGCAGUCCGAAGCGGGGCGGCAAUUGCUUUUGGACGAUGCGAUCGAGGAGUUUUCGGAAAUGUCCGUGAACGAAGCCCCGGCCGAGAAGGACCAAGACGGGUACUGGGUGUACGGAAAGCUGCCGCCCAUCGAGUUCUGGCUCCCGCUGGUAAGUACGAACUACUUUUUUUAGUGUGCACUCGCACCAGCAAAAAGUUUCAGAUCAAUCAUCAGAGCAGAAGUGAUAGAUACGUUUGCAAAAGAGGAUUGUCAGUCGUGAGCAAAAGCAUGUUGGCAACAGGGGAUCGAUAUGAAUAUUUGAUCGACAACGUGACACUGACUACAGGGCGUGCAGGGGAAUAUUAAAAAAGGACAAUAUUGGCAGAAUCCCAGAGGUGAAAUCUGGGGAUUCUGCGAAAAGCAGCCAGAUGAUCCAGGAGAGGGCGCACUCUGGGACCUCCUCCGCGAGCUAACGCCAGACGUGAAAGAGCCCAGCGUGCCGAAGUCCAUUCUACCCAAAUUUUUGGAAGAGCUGCGGCCCCCGUUCAUUUCUGAAAUAACUUGCCCUGCAACGGCAACACGCGGUCCCAUCAUCGAGGGCUGGAGGGACGAAGACGAAGAAAAUGUUGGUUCCAGCAGCAGUAGCAGCAGCAGCAGUUCGAAUGCUCGUGUUGAGCAGGCGCGUCGACAGGGGGAAGUACUAGGUCAGCGGAACAACAAUGAUGCAAAUGCCAGCUCACGACCUCAAGGUGGUCCAUGGGACCACGGCCAAAUUCCUAAAAGCGCGCCGGAGUCACAAGUUUCCGGAGAAGAGCAAGAUCAUGCAAGACAAGCGCCCGCUGCGGCAUCAAGUAAACAGGGCACGACAAGCGAAAGCCCUGCAAGCUCUGCCCCGGGCGUAGUUGCUGCGCAGAGCAGCCUUCACUCUCCGCAAUCAGAAGCAGUUCCUGGCGACACGGCGAAUACAAGUAGAAGUCAGCUGCAGUCCCCGGUUGGGGAAGAAGAUGUACUAGUGAUGGAGGAGGUCGUUGAUGAGGAGGUCCCCACGCCGGAGCAGGGAAGUAGAGAAAUUGUAGAGGAGGAAAUUGUGGAAGAAGAAAUCAUUGAGGAAGAGCACUACGGCGGGUACAAUACCCCGGCUUCUUCCCUGGGCUUACCGCCAUCAAGCAGCCAUUCCAACGCGCUGUUGCCGCACGAAACCGCAAAUGCGCGUAUUUUCAACAAAUGUCGCAAGUUUUGAAAUUCGAAGUCCUCGUCGCGUUAUUUUGCUGUACUACGGUUCAUCUGUUUACGGCUCGGCUUGUGCAAGUUUCGAUAAAAUGCGCCACCUAUAAAACAAAUUGCAGUCCUCUCGAUACCAACUCAAAAAAAAAAAAAACUAGCUUUCGACGUGGCUUCAUCCGUAAACGGAACGCACCGGGCGCCGAGCACGAUUGCGGGCUCGUUCGCAAACCCCUACCCUUCGGGCAGCACGGCGCGCGACGAUGCGUCGGUCGCCUCUUAUCAGACAUACGGCUCAAAUUAUUUCGGCGCGAAUCAAGAAAUGGCGCCCCCCUCGUCCGCAGAACGGCGGAACGCAAAACGCCCUUCGUUUAAGGAGGAGCUGAUCGAGGAGGAGAUCGUCGAAGAGGAGGUCGUGCCAGAUCAGGCAGACAACCACUCCUACUACGGGAGCGCAGCGCCCUCGCACUGGACCUUUCUGAACAACGACCAGCAGUCCUCGUACCAGUCCCACGGGUGGGGCAACAGCAAGCCGAGCUGGUUGCCCCACGACGCGCAGAUGGCGGAGGACAACAUCUCAAACCCCGAGUCCAUGCUGCCCGGCGCGCUCGACGACGUCGGCAGCCUGUACGACGGCGAGGCCGGAGCCUUCGGCGCGAAAGACGCGCAGGACGGGUGGAACGACGGCAGUAAGAGUUACGGCGAAUCGAACAAGUCUAUCGUGCCCGCGUCACAGGAAGCGAAGGACUGGCGCAGCAAAUAUGAGGAUGUCGAUAACUUCGCGGACCUCGUUGCCUACGGGGAAGGCCAGAAGCGAGAAGCCCCGGAGGAUAUGUCCAAAGACCCACUGGUCGCGAGCACCGAGAACCUGAAGAAAUUCGCCCACCGCCGACCGCAGUUCAAGCUGGAUCAGCAAUUUUUCUUGGAAAAGUUUUGGAAUCACUGCGGAAAGGGCGGUGCAGAGCUUGUUUCUUUUUUGCAUCGAGUUUGUUUUUGAGCAUGUAGCAUCAAUAGAUACGUCUUGCUGUUUCUUAUGUGUAGAUCUUAUGAUAGAUCUUUUUGUCAUCCUUGCCACAGGUAUCCAAAACUCGUGUCUUACGCGGAGCGAUCUGUACCGCAUCAAUCAGUUUCCGGAUCCAGAACGCACCAGCUUGGCUGUCGGAAUGUUUGUACGAGUGGCUGCAGACGCAGAGAGCGCACGUACGUUUUUGAUUCUUUUUGUCCUCUGCUCGACGUAAAAACUGGAAGUCGAAGUCCUGGAGAGUCGAAAAUCAAUUUCUUGUGAAUGCCAAUUUCUUGUUGCGUAAAAGUUAAAGCUCAAAAACCAAAAAACGAGCGUGACCCGCAGUUGUGGAGAAGUUGACUGACAAUAAAUUCUCUAGGUAAAGAGGAGGAGAGUAAGAUGCUGGAAGGAAUUGGGUACGGUAUGGAGAUGGAUUUUCUUCAGGGCAAGGACGACAGUUGGAAGAACGAGCUCUGCUGGAAGUGUGCAAACUGUGAAGCUGGAGACUGCGAGUACGGGGAUGUCCUCUCCGACAAAAAAGACGAGGAAAAAAAGUACCAACUGCACCGAUGGGGUUUGGAGUCCUUUCUCACGCAUGGGUACUCCGUGCACAAACAGGGAAACACGUUGUGGAUUUUGAAAAAGGAACGCAACUUCAAGGUCUCAGAGCGUCCUCGAGACUCGCUGGCCUCUACGUCGCAGGACAUAAAAGUAUCAAAGAUGAGAUCGUCGUGUUUCGGUUUCUUCCGAAGUGCACAAUGAACAAUAAAAAAAGCACAAUAAAAAAAGCAUCUUCACGUAUCAUGAUUUUAUUGUAUGUAGUGAGGUCACCGAACGGUUCUAACCAGGGAGUUUUUUUGACAGCUACCCUGAAAAACGACCGGCAGUUUUCAAGCGGCCGGAAGCGUUUUUUGACAAAAAAAGUCUUCAAUUAUCAAGCCUCCGGGGCUUUGCCAACAAACAAGCCCGGUCGAAAACUAUCGAUACGCACUUGAUAAAACGACGCAGGGGAGCCGGCAAAAGGGGCGCCCUUCUGAGGCGCCCACCGCCUUAGUUUCUGGCGAUUUGGGUCGCCCAAAAAGGAGCGCGCAAAAAACGCGCCCAAAAUCAGAACAGCGAAACAGCAUGGCACGGCCGCGAUUUCGGAGCAUUUUGGGCGGCCGCGAAAGCCGCCGCCUUUUCGCCGGUUUCAGAGCCUGGGAAGCUUUGCAAAAAGCGCCGGCGAGAAAAGUAAAAACCCAAAAGAGAAAAAGCGCGCCAGACGCGCAAAGCCAAUCCGCAUGCUAUGGGCCCGAUUUUUCUUCGCUUUUUGGGCGCCCCCCUUGGCGCCCGGAUCGGCCCCAUAGCAUGGGGGCUGGCUUUCGGAAAGGAAUCGCGGAAAUUUGCCAAAAUUUGCGAUGUUCACCAAGCGGCCGCCAUACCGUGCGGCCUAUCGUUACUCGGGACGGUAUGGCGAGCCCAGAAAAAGCAAAGCCGCGGCCAAGGCGACGGCCGGCAAGAAAACGCCCACGACCUCACUACCUCCGCCCCGGCGGCUAUAUUUGGUACCAUCCGAAAGAGUUCCGUGCGGUGCGAUUGCUUCAUGAAUUCACAUCUCAACAAAAACCCUCGAAGGUGGAUCGCAUCCCGCUGCGCGGCGAGUACUACGAGAACAACGCGAACGGUGGGGCGGCGAACUGCCUGGCCCGGAUCGUGGACUUCCGGCACGGGGAGAAGGAGUACAGCUGCCAGUUCGGGGAGGAGGGAAAGACCCGCAAGUGCAAUGCCGUGGUGACCGCGGUGCGCUACCCGUGGACGGACCUUGGCGACAUUUUGCCCGAGAACAAGAAGUGCACGGUAAUCACGAAGCCCAUCUCCGUCAUCGUGGACGACGACGAAGUCCCCAAGGCCGAAGUGACCAAUUUCCUCACCAUGGAGUGGUUCCAGCGGGGCUGUACGGGUUUCGACUGGGAAACGGACGAGAAGCUGGUGAGGUUUACCUCCCAAAUGGACGGGGAGACCGAGGUCCGGGUGGACCGGAACCGGAGCGAGCGGGACCAGAUGCACGAGUACCCGCCCUGGCACAAGAAGAUAAUCGUGCGCAACUUCGUCUUCGACGAGGAGAAGACCGCCCGGGUGCUGGUGCAAAGGCCGGAACACCGGUUCAUCACGCCCUCGUUCCGACUGAAGGAAUUGGAGCACGACGAGCGCGCGCACGCGCAGCAAAUCGCAAAGUGUGAGGACACCGCGACGGUGAUAAACAUUCAGGAGGAAAGGCAGCUGCUUGUCGACACUGUUCUGCCGCCGGUCCUCGCGGCGGUGAAGAAAAACCGGCAGAAGUUCGAGGCCGACGAGCGCAUGCAGGCGAUCUGCAUGAUCAACGAGCGCAACAUGCGGAAUCAGGACAUCUUGGACCACCGGCGCGCGGAAGCGGAAAGGUCCGCCGUGGUCAAGCAGCAACAACUGAAGAAGGAUCUGGAGUUUGCGAAACAGCACAAUUUGCCCAGUACUCUUUUAGAAACGGAAAAGACCGCCAAGCCGGCGGAGCUCAACCCCUUCGCGCGCAAGGACUGCCACCCACGGCACAUGUGGCACAUGGAGACAUGCAAAAAGAGCGUGCGCGAGGUGAUCGUAAAGCGGCGCCGAGAGCAAUGGAUCCGGGAGGGCAAAGACCCGGCGGUCUUUGACCGCAUGAUCGUCCAGGAGAAGAUGCGCCAGGAUCAGGCGGAGUUUGGCAUCGAUGAGGAGGACGAGGCAUUGUUGCUCCAGCAGCAGCAGCGGCGGAAGCGGUCGAAGAGCAAGGAGCCCCUACUUCCACAGGGUUCCCCGACGAAGAAAAAGCUGAAGUCGGAGCGGAAGAAGAGCGACCUCGAUGGAGGUGCAGCCGGGUUUUUAUCCGAUGAGGAUGAAAAUAAGGUGCGAAGGGCCGAUGGAAAUAAGUCGCCGGUGCGCGGCGGGGGCCUCGUCGGGGGUGGGUACUCAGAGUUUCGGGAGAAGGAAGAAAAAAUGUCGUCACGGAAAUCUCGAUCGAAAGAAAGGUCACCGCGUGGAAAGGCUUCGCCGAACAAGAAAAGAACAGGCUCGAAGGACAGCAGAAGAAGUCGCUCGAGAGGCAGGAGAAACUCCGAGAGCGACGGGGAUGCCGAUGAUGAGGUAAGGACUUGAAUUGGCUGCUGUUGUGGCUGUGUGUUUCUUUUGCAUGAUGUACAGAGGCGAUGUUUGCAUUGUGGCGUUACUUGAAAAUUUUCAACACUUUCCAUUCGACAUUUCAUUGUCAUGAUGAUUCUGUUGUCGGCUAUGAUCCAACAGGGUAGCCACGAGCGGGGUGACAAGGCUGGAACGUCGUCGAAUCAACUGCAAGAUGACCUGGACGAGAUAUUUGGCGAAGGUCUUGAGCCAGAUCUGGACGUUGCGAAUAAAGCGGAUGCGAACGAGAUGAAUGCAAACGUGGAUGUUAGCCCGGGUGGAGCCAACAUCAGCAAGUUACAGCAAAACGCGGGGCUGACCAAACAAGUCGAGAAUAAUCCCAGGCCCAAGAAGAAGAAAAACAGGGUUCCGACCUUUUACGACGUGACGAAUAGGAGGCACACGUCGACGAAAAUUUUUCAAACGACCGAAAACCCGACCAACCUUGCGGAGCAGGUCGGCGGCGAGCAGCUGUGGGACGAAUUACAGGCGGUGAUGCGCGUAACGGGCGACGAGGAUGUGGCGCGCAUUCCGAAGCUGACGAAAUUGUCCACCCUGUCGACGGACAGUGAGAACAGCGAUGAGGGCAAGCGUGAGGGGAAAGGCAAGGGAAAUGACAAACAGGGAUCGCUGUCUUCCGAGAGCGGGUCUUUCGAUCAGGCGAAAAACAACGUGGUGGAUGAUGACGAUGACGUGCUGGAUUUGGAGGCCAUGCGUGACCCGGCCCGGGAGUUUGUGGACCUGGAUGUUACGACUGUGGACGAAGCGCCGGGAGAUACAAAUGCAGAAACAAAAAGAGAGAACUUACCGGAAGACGACGACUUCAAACUGGACUCGGCGCGGUCUUCGAAAGAGGAUGAGAGUUCCGAAUCGAACCCGAAAACGUUGUCACCGAAGUCCGCAAAGGAAACUGCUUCCGACGGUCCACCGUUAGCCGAUGUGCUGCAGGCCAUCCAUAGCGGUGCGAAUAUGAAACAAUUUUACGAAUCGUGGAAAAGCAGCAGCCUUGCGGAGGGUAUGUUUUGAUGAACCAGCUUAGAGUUAGAAUCGUCAUAGAAGCGAACGUUUUUUGGCUUGUUUUGUGCAAGUUUUUUCACACUGUCGGCGCGCUCUUUGAGAUUGAGCCCAGACGUCCACCGGUUACAAACAGUUUUAUUCAUGUCUCUGACAGGUACAUCCGUCGGGGGUGCGUGAAUCUCGAGGUCUCGCUGAUUCUUGUUACUCCAUGAGGCCCUACAGAUGCUCUUCGCCUCCGCAGCUCUACCGAAUUGCCCAGACCACUGCUUGCGGUAUCAUCUUGGAGGACAAGGUUUGUUGCUCCUAGUCAUGAAGGCUAUGGGUAUCACAGGCCAACGUGAUGCAGCUAAAGCAGUAGAUUUCAGGGGGAUUUUCAUAUCUAAUAAAUUUUCGGUUGCAGGGAACAAAAGGUUCAUAAGUAGUGCGAAACAAAUUAUGAUGGUACACACGAAAACAUAAAAAAAGAAGUGUUCAUAGAUACUAGGCUUAGGACAAAAGUCAAGAGAUAUAGGUAAGCCAAAGAGUCAUGUAAUACGUAGUCGUGGUAGUAAGGUAGUUCUAUGUCUUUUUGAGGGACCACGACUACGAAGCUCAUUGUUGUCUCGUGUCCAUCGAGGGUCCAUCAACGAGUUAGGUAGGCGUUUACCCCUGCUCUUUAACGCCUUUUCUUCAACAAGCUGUGAAAAAAACAGUGCUUCUGAUUCAAAUAGUUCUGCAAUGAGACGGGGUUUUGGUUGAAAUAUCGCUAGAGAAAAAGCGGAAUUGUGCCUUCAAGCAUGCAGCCGUUGUUUGCUAAGAGGAACAGAUUCAAAUGUCUUUUACCUUGCGUAUGUUCUUUUGCAAGGUAACAAACGUAUU